AUGCCAUCAUUGAUCGCCAGACUCGGCCCCAUGAAGGAGAAGGACAGGAAGAAGAAGAGAAACAGCAUCCAUCAUACCUUCGCCAUCCUCCGCCGCAUUCCCGACAAUGGUCCUCCCGCCGGCCUACGCUCACUGAUCCCGAGCAUCACCCACGCCCUCCACCCUCGCCCGACGCUCCGGCUGAUCACCGCAGGAACGACGUCGCUCCCAUCAUCUUCCGCCCGCAAUUCGCCCUCCACAACCACUAAAUCUUCCACCACCACCACCACCACCACCCCGGACACCAGCACCAAAACCAACUCCAACUCCAACUCCAACUCCAACUCCGCCCCACCAACCCCGCUCCACCGGCCCAGCCCGCCGCCGCCGCCGCCGCCGCCCUCUGCCGUCCCCUGGCCGCCCCAGAUCUGCGCCGCACCGCUAUCGACGCACCACCGGCUCGCGCCCUGCGCGCACGUCGUGCGCACGCCCUUCCUCACUCCCUGCGGCGCCAACUGCGCGCACGUCUUCGUCGUCUCCGCCGCCGCCACCGUCGCCUCGCCAAUGGCGCCGUUCGUCACCGACGAGCCGUUCGCGUGCGCCGCGUGCCUCGACGAGGUGAUGCGGAGGGAGGCGGAGAGGAGGAGGGAGGCGUUUGGGGGGUUGUUGGAGCGGAAUGGGGACGCGUUGUUGGAGGGGGAGAGGGAGGUCGUGGCGGAGGCGCAUGAGAGGGGGUUGGCGGUUGAGAUGGAGGAGGUGAGGGGGUGGGUGAGGGAGAGGGUUGGGGGGCGGUGGUGCGAGGUGGCUGACGAGAGGGACGGGCAUGGGAGGAGCUGUCCGUGA